GUGCAAAGUCUACGCGAUCAAUUACGCGAUACUACGUCAAGGCUUGGUGAAACUCGUACGGAGAAUGAGCGCCUACGAUGCUUAUUUAUGAGUAGCGAUGUAGAUAAAGUCCUAUCAGUUAUCAGUAAAACGAUUUCUAUUAUUCCAAUUGUCAAAGUUAAUGCGGCGCAAGGAUUGUCACAACUUCGAAAAAGUUUAUCCGCUGCGGAACAAGAUGUAAUUAGAAGGCAAGAAGAAAUGGAAACUUUAAGACAACAACUAGCCACUCCAACUAUAGAAGUCGAAACUAGUGGUAAUUGGUAUGGUUUUUUUUUUUUGUCUAUUUAUGGUACUUUUGUCUAUUUAUGUCCAAAACAACUUUCUGAUCGACUAAUAUCAUUGCUGAAAAUACAAGUGGGUGCAUUAUCAAAAUUUGUACAUAGUCGUACUGGUGAUAUAAAAUUAGUACAUUUACGUAAUCUAACCGAUGCACUCAUUUGUACCGUUGCUCAUCUCGAUGCAUCGUGUCAACCUAUAAAUCUAAACGCGAUUAGUGAUGCGUUAGAUCAAGUUCUUACCGCAUAUCAAAAGGAUUUUGUUAAUAUCACAAGGCAAAGCGUUUGUGAUCCUGUCAGGAGUGAUAGUACAAUUGAGAAUGAAAUUCAAGAAAUUAAGAUCGCGCAUAAAAAGGAAAUAGAAUCGCUAAGGCAUCAAUACGAGCGACAAGUGAAAAUUCUUCGCGAGCGAAUAGAAUAUGAAGAAAUGAGAAGGAAGAAGGCUGUGGAGGAUCUUCAAACUUUAAAUGCAAUGAAUGACCAUUCAUUAACGGCUUUGAAGCGAACUCAAGAGGAAAUUCUCGCCGAACAACGUCAAAAUUUCGAGGAACAAAUUGCUAUGUUAAAAGAAGAGCAUUCAGCGGAAUUGAAUGAAGAAAAAGAAGCGACCAGAUUGGCAUUAGAUGCGGUACAGCGUUCUCAUGAAGUCGAAGUAAAGAAUAUGGCUGAGAAAUUGCGAAAUUUAGGUGCAGCACUAGCAACGUACCAGGCGAGUACAUCUACUGAGCAACCAAAAUGUCUUGAAAAUUCUCAACUUGAUGAGAAGAUGGCAUUAUUGUUGGCCGAUAAGGAGAAUCAUUCAUUAUUAAGUGAUAUGGAAGUACAAAAUCAUGGACUUCAUCAAGAACUACGAAAAAAAGACUCAAUUAUCGACGAAUUGCGGCAAAGGAUUCAAGUGCUUGAAAAUCAAAUUGCAGAAUUGAAUAAAAAUUAUGAAAAGGAAAAAACCAAAGGUAUUUUUUCAUUAGGUUUACUUAAAUUUAUCGGCCUUUCAAAAGAAGGCUAA